AUGGCCUCAGGCUCAGUCCCAGCCACUCACGCUGCCGCUGCCAAGUCCUGCAAGCCAGUUCACGGCCAGAUCAUAUUUCAUUACCCCACAGCAGCAAGUCAUUUGGCAGAACGACAGUCUGGCCCUGCUGCACCAUCAUCCAUCGCAGCUUGGGCCAUCGCAGGAUGUAUUCAGCCUCAAUUCGGGCAGCUCGGGCCAUCGCAGGACAGUCAUCAUGGGCCAGACGCGGCUGCAGUCUAUAAUCAUCAACCGUCACAGUAUUCAGCCUCGCAGAGCCAGCCUCAAUUUGGGCAGCUUGGGCCAUCACAGGACAGUCAUCAUGGGCCAGACACAGCCACAGUCUAUCAUCAUCAACCGUCACAGUAUUCAGCCUCGCAGAGCCAGCCUCAAUUUGGGCAGCUUGGGCCAUCGCAGGACAGUCAUCAUGGGUCAGACACAGCCACAGUCUAUCAUCAUCAACCGUCACAGUAUUCAGCCUCACAGAGGCAACCUCACUUAGGAUUGGCUCAUCCCCGGCCUAGUGUUGCUCACAAUUUUAUUGCGACCUGGGCGUUUCCACCAAGCCCAACCCUGACUCAAAAGGCUCAUGCGGCUGUGAUCCUUGCGGCCUCAUUGAACUUGGCUCCCCAGCUGACUGAGGGUGCCAAACGUGUCACAGCAGCCGCAGGGCCAUCUUCAACGCAUGCUAUCAUUUGGUCUUCAACGAAGGGUAUCGUCCCAUUCGGGCUCAAAUGA